AGACCAGCCUUUCCUUUUGACCCAUCUCAGCAACGGAGAUUUGAUCCCGACGAAAACGCGUCUUCAUCAUCUUCCUCCUCCUUUCUUUUCUGUCGAUUUUGGCUGAAAGUUGGAUUUGUGAUAGCACCUUUGUCUUUUUUACUACAACCAAAUAUGGAUGACUGGGAGGAUGAACAAAUUGCACCACUUCCAGCAAAAGUUGUGCUUAAAAGCAACUGGGAUGAUGAAGAUGUAGAUGAGAAUGAGAUUAAGGACUCCUGGGAGGAUGAUGACGACGACCAACCUGCUCCCCCGCCUCCGGUAAAGCCUGCUCCACAAAAGGCUCCUCCGAAGAAAGCUGUUGAGAAAAAGGGUAAAGCAGCUGAAGCUCCAAAAGAAGAACCUUUAGAUCCUCUCUCUGAGAAACUUCGCAUGCAGAGGCUUGUUGAAGAAGCGGACUACAGGGCAACUGCUGAACUCUUUGGAACGAAGGGUGAAGAGAAAAGCCUUGACAUGUUCAUCCCCAAGUCUGAAUCUGAUUUUUUGGAAUAUGCUGAAAUGAUUUCUCAUAGGCUUAGACCAUAUGAGAAAAGUUAUCACUAUAUCGCAUUGCUCAAAGCAGUCAUGAGACUUUCGGUGACCAACAUGAAGGCGGCAGAUGUUAAAGAUGUUGCUUCGUCCGUUACAGCAAUAGCAAAUGAAAAGCUUAAGGCUGAGAAAGAAGUUGCUGCUGGUAGAAAGAAGACAGGCGGGAAGAAGAAACAACUUAUUGUAGAUAAGGCCGAUGACGAUCUAGUAGCUGGUCCUUAUGAUGCCAUGGACGAUUUUGACUUCAUGUAGAUUACAAGAGCUUUGUGAUUGUGAGGGAAUACAGUUUCGAUUGCCUGGCUUCUGUUUCAUCAUUAUCUCUCGGGAAGAAGAGCAAAAGUUUCUUAAUUCUGGGAUAUAUAUAGUUGGAACAAAGAAGUCUUGCUUUAUGGGUUUUGGUCUGUGGAGACAUUCUCUAAAGAGUCUUGUUUUGUUUCUUCUCUGUUGGUUAAAAAGCUAAUACUUUAAUUAAUUCUCGUUUUCUGUUGGUUAAAAA